AUGGGACAGGGGCUAACGGGCUUCCAUCUCGUCCCCCCGCAGGACGCCCGGGAGACAAGGCUGCCUGUGUGCAGCAGAGAGCGGGUCCUGCUGAGUUCUGACGGCUCGGGCCAGCGGGGUUGUUUUCUGCUAGGUUGGGGUGAAGGCUCCACACUGCUGUAUUCUGAGAGCAGGACCAGCCCUCUGUCCUUGGAGAAGAACUUUAGAUGGCACCCCAAGGACAACCAGUGUUCCCACAUGCUGAAACACCUCCACAAUGGGGCAAGGAUCUCCGUCCAGAUGCCCCCUAACAUUGAGGGUCACUGGGUGUCCACCAGCUGUGAGGUGAGACCUGGCCCAGAAUUCAUUACCAGGUCGUACCGGUUUUACCAAAACCAUACCUUCAAGGCCCACCAGUUUUAUUACGGGGACAACCACUGCACCACGCCCGCCUACACCCUGGUGAUCCGUGGGCGUCUGAAGCCGCGGCAGGCCUCCUGGAUCACUCGCGGGGGCACGGAGGCGGAGUACCAGGUCCACCGGAUCCAGCUGGUGUGCCACAGCGAGACGGCGGCCAGGGACCUGGCCCUGCGCCUCAGCCGCGCCUGCCAGGGGGCCGAACCCUGGGCUCCGGGCGUGGCCUACGACCUGCUGAGCGAGGAGGGGAGCUGCGACUGCUCCCGCGGGCUCAACUUCGCCCUGCACGAGCUGCAGCUGCUGCGGGUGGAGAAGCAGUACCUGCACCACAACCUGGACCAGCUGGUGGAGGAGCUCUUCCUGGGAGACAUCCACACGGAGCCUGCCCAGAGGAUGUACUACCGGCCCUCCAGCUACCAGGCCGCCCUGCAGAACGCCAAGAACCAUGACCAGACUUGUAUUGCCUGCCGCAUCAUUUACCGCUCAGACGAGCACCACCCACCCAUCCUCCCCCCCCGGGCUGAGCUGACCGUCGGCCUGCACGGACAGUGGGUCAGCCAGCGCUGCGAGGUGCGGCCAGAGGUGCUCUUCCUCACCCGCCAUUUUGUCUUCCACGACACUAACAACACCUGGGAAGGACACUACUUCCACUACUCAGACCCUGUCUGCAAGCACCCCACCUUCACCAUCUACGCCAGGGGGCGCUACAGCCACGGGCGACACUCCACACUCGUCAUGGGCGGGACUGAAUUUGUCUUCAAAGUAAACCACAUGCGUGUGAAGCCCAUGGACCUGGCCACCACCUCCCUGUUGAACGUCUUCAGCGGGGACGAGUGCGGGGUGGAGGGGUCCUGGCAGAUGGGCGUGGAGCAGGACGUCACCCUCACCCAGGGGUGCGUGGCCCUGGGCAUCCGGCUGCCCCACACCGAGUACGAACUCUUCCGCAUGGAGCAAGACGCCCACGGGCGCUACCUCCUGUACAACGGGCAGAGGCCCAGCGACGGCUCCAGCCCUGACCGGCCCGACAAGAGGGCCACGUCCUACCAGAUGCCGCUGGUCCAGUGUUCCACCAGCAGCCAGGUGUCGGAGGUCACCGACCUGCCCCUGCGGCUGAGCGGGGGCUGCGGACAGGGUCACAGCGGUGGCUUGGGGGACCUGCUCUGCGCUCUGGUGGUCACCCUGAUCUUCUUGCGUCCGGGCUAA